AUGCCUUUGCCAACCCAAAACUCCAAGCCUGAGUCUAAGAAACUUCAUUCCACAAAAAUUGUGCCCAGUGAUCAUGGCCAAUUGGAGAAGAUGGGAGAUGAUUACCAAGAAAAUAUAUGUCCAUCCUCACCUCAGGAGAACUUUAAAAAGAGGUCAGCUUUUGAAGAUAUCACAAAUGCUUUUCAAAGUCAAACUGCCCAAUCUAAGAAGGAAGCCAAUAAAGACACUGUAAAAGAUGUUCCCAAAAUAAUUAACAAAAGGAAAUAUAAUCUUGAAUUGGAUAAAUGUACUGAAAUGAGCCAAAAAAGAUAUAGGUUGCACCUUGUACCAGUUGUAACUUCUACUCCCUCAGCACCAGAUAUUUUGGAAAAACCAUUCCUUCCGGAUGUAUCUUCCAACUCCCAAACACCCAUUGUUGCGGAGAUAUCUUCUGUCAAAAGGCCCAUAAUUUUAAAAGGAGAACCUAGUAUGGAAGAGAAAACCAUCAUAAAGAAGUCAUUAAAGAAGUGCUCAAAUCCUGAGGAAGCAUCCUUAUUGGAAAAGUCACCAUCCUUGCAGGAGGAGAGUGAUGAUGAUGAUUUUAUUACAGAGCCAGUCACUUUUCAGAGGAAGCAUAAUCCCAAGGAGAGAGUUAUCAACAAGAAGACAUCCUUAAACAAGAUGUAUACAUAUCAGGGGAAACAAUCUUUCUCUGAAGAAUUGGUGACCUCGCAGGACAGCGAUGUUGAAGAGGGUUCCUUCUCUAUGGAUCUGAUGAAUUUAAGAAAGAAGCCUAAAACUGAGGAGUCAUCCUCCUCUAAGAAUCAGUUACCCUUAAAUAGUAAGCAUACCACUGUGGAAAAGAUCUCCAACAUGAAAAAGCCAGUGAUACUGCAGAAGAUCACCUCUGAAGAGGAGUUAGUUACUAAGGAGCCAUCAGUCUUAAUGAAAAAGUCUACUGCUAGUGAAGAGUCCCUUUCCUGGGAGCCAUUUGCAUUGAAAGAAAAACAUACUACUAAGCAAGAGAACCCUGUCUUAAGGAAAUCAUUGCCCUUGCAGGAGAAGACUGACUUAGAAGAUGAUUUCCUUUUUAAGGAGUUACUGAUUUCUAAGCAGAAGCUUGUCACCAAGGAGUCAACACUCACCAAAAGCCCGGUUUUUGGAAAGCAGAAAUGUGUAUUUCAAGGGAAGAUAAACCCUUCUCAUGGGAGAAAAUACAAUAUGUGUGAGAUUACAUCCCAAUUAAAAAAGCCAUUGGAUGUGCAGGAGGAUAUCUCUCAGAAGUCACUCAAUGCAAAGCCAUUGUCUUUUAAAAGAGACCCUAUCACUGAAUUCUGCCAAGAGCCAUCUUCAUCACAAGAGAAACAUAGCAGUGAAGAAGAAGUGUCCAUUUUGAAGAAGCCUGUGGCCCUGCAAAAAUCUCCUACUGAGAAGCAGUCUCUUUUUCAGGAGUCGUUGCCUCUUCAAAAGCAGUAUAACACUGAGAAGGUUACCCUAAGCAAGAAACAUUUGCCUUUAAAGGAGAAACAGCAUGCUACUCAAGAGAUAGUGUCUCAUUUGAAAAAGCCAUUAGUAUUGCAGACAGUGACCUCUGAAACGAAGUCACCCAUUAAGAAGCCACUGUCCUCUAAAGAAGAAAACACGUCUUUAAAGGUGAAAAAGUGCACCACUGAAACAAUGCUCCGCUGGAUAGAUCUUUCAGACUGGCAGGAUAUACUUGAUAAAGAGAAGAAUUCCUCCCUUAAGAAGCGAGUAUUAUUUAAAAAAAAGUGUACAACUAAGAAAGCAGUCCCUACCAAAACACCAUCAUCUUUGAAGAAGAAGGAAACAACUCAUGGGAAGACUACUUCUGAAGAGCAGUCACUCGGUAAGAAGCUGUCGCCUAUUGAAAAGAAGACAUCAACUAAAGAGGUGUUCCUCUUCCAGGAGCAAUCUGCAUUGAAAGAGAAGCAUACUGCUCUUCAAGAGGUGUCACUUUCAAGAGAGCCAGUACCCUUGCAGGAGAAGACCACCACUAAAGAAGAAUCUUGUAGUAAAGAACAGGUGACUUUGGAGGAGCAGGAUGUGCCUGAUGAGUUUUUUUACUCUCCAGAGCUGUUUUCCCCUGAAGAGCCUACUGAUGACAGUGAGCCCCAUUUCCAGAAGACUGAGGUCUUGCAAGAGGAGACUUAUUCCAAAAAGGAUUCUUUAAAGAAGGCAUUGGUUUUUCAUGAGAAGAGCACGAAGACAGAAGAGUCCUGUCUCGGUGAGCCCUCAGUUUUGAGGGAAAAGCCCUCUGAUAAGAAAGCAACCAUCACAGAAAGGCAAUUACCUAUGAAGAACAUGCCCACUGCUCAGGGGCAGGCACUGCUUUCAAAGGAGCAAUUGGCUUUGCAUGAGAACAUCACUGAUAAUGAAAGGUUCCUAAUUGAAGAUCCACUGAAGUUUGUGUGCAAUAAGAAGCCUCUCUUCAGGAACACCUUGGCCAUACAGAAGAAGCUCAGCACUCAAAAGGAGGAUGUUCGUAAGGAGCAUACCAUUGACAUAGAGGCUUACUUUGAGAAACUUGUGACCAUUCAAAAAAAGCUUGGUAUUGAGAAGGAGCCCAUCUUCCAGGAAUGUUUGAAUUUGCAGAAGAACCCUACAAUUGAGGAAGGAACUAUCUUCACAGAGCCUCUGGCCUUACAGGAGAAAGCUGGCCUUAAAUCAGAAGCUAUACUGAAAGAACCAUUGGCCUUGCAGGAGAAGCACAGCCCUAAGAUGAAAGCUGUUCUAGAGGAGCCUUUGGCCUUGGAGGAGAAGCCCAGCAGUGAGGAGGAGGCUAUCCACAAUGAGCCAUUAGCCUUUCAGGAGAAGUCUGACUUAGAUGAUAAAGUCAUUUCUGAGGAGCCAUUAGCCUUGGAUGAGAAAUCUACCACUGGAAAUGAGUUGUCUUUUCAAGAGCCAUUAAUUUUAGAAGAGAAUCCUACUGAGAAGGAAGAUCUUUUUCCAGAAGCAUUUUUGAUCCUUGAGGACAGUGCACGUGUGUCUAGCAAUGAUGUUGAAUCCAAAACAAGCAAGUUCAAUGCUGCCAAUAUGUCCAGUGUGGGAGAGUCCAGUACAAGUGAACUUGGUUCCCAAAUGGCUUUCUUACUUGGAAGAACACAGGAGAUGACCACACUGGAAGAUAUUGACAAAUACCACCGUGAUUCAUCUUUCAACCCAGCAUAUGCCAAGGACGUAUUUAGUUACUUAAAAGACAGAGAGGAAAAGUUCAUACUUCAAAAAUACAUGGAAAGGCAGACUGAGAUCACCAGUGACAUGAGGGCCAUUCUUGUGGACUGGAUGGUGGAAGUACAGAUGAGCUUUUCCAUGAGUCAUGAGACCCUAUACUUGGCAGUGAAACUGGUAGAUCACUACCUAAUGAAGGCACUGUGCAAGAAGGACAAGCUGCAACUCCUUGGUUCUACUGCUUAUCUGAUUGCAGCAAAAUUUGAGGAGAUCAUUCCACCUGGUGUGAAUGAAUUCCUAUAUAUCUGUGAGGAUAUGUAUCAACGACAGGAGAUGCUUGGUAUGGAAAUCAACAUCUUGAAGACUCUCAAUUUUGACAUCAACAUUCCGAUUGCCUAUCAUUUUCUGCGCAGAUAUGCUCUGUGUCUCAGUGUGAGCAUGAAGACUCUGACAUUGUCUAGAUUCAUCUGUGAGAUGACCCUGCAGAAGUAUGACUAUGUCCAUGUUAGGGCUUCCAAGCUAGCUGCUGCCUCUUUUCUCUUGGCCCUCUACAUGAAGAAACUAAAAAACCACGCUCCUCUUUUAGAGUAUUGCAGUGGCUACACAACUUUUGAGCUUCACCCUCUGGUUAGACAGCUGAGCAUCUUGCUGACCUUCCAUCAAUAUGAUAAGCUCAAGACUGUGUAUAACAAGUAUUCUCAAGAGACAUUCUUUGAGGUCGCCAAAAUUCCCCCCUUGGAGAUGGCGUUGCUGGAUGAGAUUUUGACUGGAUAA